AUGGGCGACUGGGCACGGGGAUGGACCAGAGUUGGACAAACAGGCCCAACCCAACAUUAUGGUCGUGUAUGGGAGGCCGAGCGCGAACUUGAGGAGCUCAACAUCAUCGAUAGCUGGAACAACGAUGAUAGCUGGCCUGGCAUAAAUAAGCCCCUCUUCAAUGGCCCUGAUGCGAAACGCUUCGAUACGAAACUCGCCAAACUCGACGAUCUUGGAUAUGGCGCAUUCGGUCGCGUUGAGAAGGUAUCUUAUGGGUCCGUCUAUCUUGCGCGCAAGAGAAUCCCGCGUCGGCGCGGCUUUACAAUCGAAGAUUUGCGCAAGGAGAGCUUGACCAUGCAGAAGCUUGACCAUCGACAUGUUGUGAAGCUGGUCGCAACAUACGCCCCGCGAACCCACGAAUUGUGCCUGCUCAUCUGGCCCGCCGCCAUUUGCAACUUGAGUACCCUCCUCGAAGACAUAGAAUAUCUGCGAUUGGGAGAAGGCGAUCGCGAUGAUAUCCUUGAGAGGCUAGAUGCUCUAGACAUCAAGGACUUGAGCGCCAUUGAGCCCUCUGCUGAAGACCAGAUUCUUCAUUCUACAACCAAAUGCCCGCUUGAGUUCUUGCGUAACACAAUUGGCUGUAUUGCUCGUGCCAUGGCUUACUGCCACCAAAACAAUGUCAGGCAUCUCGAUAUCAAACCAUCCAACAUUCUCCUCAAGGCAGACCGAGUUUACCUUGCCGAUUUUGGCGUUUCGAGGGAUGUAAGUGGCCAGGACCAGACCAUGACCGAGGGCGUACCAGGAACGGAGAGGUGGCGGGCACCUGAGCUCUAUGCCGAUAAUGGCUCCAGUAUGCAAUUGUCGGAUAUAUAUUCCCUCGGUCUUGUCUUUCUUAAUAUCGCAACUGUUCUCUACAACAUUCGGUUGGCCGAUUUUGACGAAACACUUAGAUACCCGUCAAGAAACACACAGGAAGAGCAACUUUACGAGCGGGAAAAGAAGCUGAAUGUUCACCUUGAAAAGCUCACGUCCCAUGCCUUGGUCACGCCCCCUUUUAUGUUUACUUAUGAAGGGCAAGAAACCGUCCGCCCUAGGCCAAUUGUCGGUUUGAUUGCUCGAAUGAUCACCUCAAACCCCAAGAACCGACUGCAUGCAUACAAAAUAGACGACAAGCUAUCCAUGCUUGGAGGUAUUCAUCAGAUUUACCAUGGGGAAUGCUGCAAACGACCUAUCUCUUGGGUUGAGGAUAAGUGGGAUAAAAAGUUGACAGCACUAAUGGGCCUACGGAAAGAAAAUGACCGCCUACAACAAAAGAUCAACGAGCUGGAGGGACGAGAUAGGACAUAUGAACUUAGACUCGAGCAUGAGCGCAAAGCACACGAACAGGCUGCAGGUAUUCUGCAAAAGAAGCUGCAGGAUAUGGAGGACAGGUGCCGCGCGUUGGAAGCAGACAAUUCCAACCGGAGAAGCAGUAUAGGCCGGGCCUCAGGAAGAACGGCAAUGCCGCGGCCUUGCAGGAGUAGUACGAUAUCACUGGCAUUAGGUCCCAGGCUGGAAUCAUCUCCAAAAUCAAACUCGACCCCAACGACCCCUGCUGCAAGGCCAGCUCUCCAGCCCUUGUCACGGUCUACUCAGCGUCUCCCUCUCGAGCAGAAAUCGUCAUCGCUUCAAAGAAAGGCCGUCUCGCCGCGACCUCCAAGCGAUAUAACUCCCAGGGGGUCGACUGAAUUCUCGACCUCGCGUUCCCCAAGCUUCACAAAUAUGUCAGGCUAUACUUUACGCUCUCGUGGAUCCGGCUCUAAACUCCCCUUGCCAGUUACACCCUCUCGCAACGAGACGCCGAACCUCGCCCGCGACCAGAGCUUGACAGACAGUAGCAUGGCGUCGUCUGUAUUCUCUCGACAUAGUGUUGAAACGAUUCCGACACCUCUACAAGGUAGCCCAGCGCUAGAUCGCAACCCGGCUGCUAUGGACUCUAGGAACUUGCCUCAAUGGGGUCAGUUGCCUAAGCAGCCUGUUCGGUCCAAGGAAAGAGUUGUGACUCCCGAACCGCUUCCGUUACCCUCUGAGCCGAAUAGUCCGACUUUCUCGAUGCCACUAUCCGCCAUGUCUUCACCAAGAACUCUUCGAUCGGAGCUCGCUACCAUUGACGGAGACGAGACACGCCGACCAUCCGUACCCUCGUUCCAAUCGUUCAAGAGCUGGGCUGAAGUGGCAAACGAAGGGAAGAAGACGUUGAACAUGAUUACUCGACCGCGAGCUCAUUCGAAUAGGUCGAAUAGACAGCUGGAGAUUGAGCAUGUUUAA